AUGUCCUUUCCUUGGGCACGAUACCAUGAUGGACCAGACGGGCUCCCAUUCACCGUUGACAUCACAGUUCCCCGACUUCCGUGUGCUCGAUCGAAAUUGUGCACGCAUCUCACUGUACGGGAAGAUUACCCUUGUGAAGAGUGCGGUGAGAUCUAUGCGCAUGUCUAUCGUCUCAUCGAUAUUGCGCGUAGUCCCAAGGCGCACACAAACUAUCAGUAUCUCGGUCUCGCACAUAUGCGAGAUACUGUUAGAAAACACGCUGGUCAACUCAACCAAUUGAAGCUGCAGACCUGUAACGACUCGCGCAGAUAUAUGAACGCCCUCACUCAACUCGACGAUUACAACCGCCUCUUGAUGGCUAUCUCUGAAAACGACAUCCCUCGCAUUCAUCAAGUGAUCAACAUUGCCUUACGAAACGGUGCCAGCAUUAGAGAAGUUGUUAACAAGUUAGAGGAUGCUCUUGAGGGUACACUGGGGGGGUGUCAGUUGCUUUUUGCGCUGAAUCAGAAACUCAACAUCCCGUCCCUCCGCACUCUUCGUGCUAAUUCGACAUUCACCUCUCUCAUGCCCACCAUCGGUCCCAUACGCAACGAACAAUUUGACGAGAACAUCCAAACAAUUGUUGUCGACACUCGCUCAGAUUCAUUGCCGUUGCGGGGUGUCAGCUUUAUGAUCGAUGAGAUCGCACUCGAGGAGAUGGCGGUUCAUUUCCGUAAGUUCAACAAAGUCGGAGGUCUUUGUUGGAAGCACUCGCACAUUAUCGACCUGGUUCUACGUACAUACGACUCUGCCGUGAGCAUCGCGCAGAAGCUCCAUGAAGGCCACGUCCAUCUCGGAAAGGAGCUCACUGUCAUCGGUGUCUCGUGCUUCGGCGAAGACGAGAUUUACCCUAUCCUAACAGCACCCACUUGCAAGACGGAGGACGCCUCAGACAUGGAGCGCAUCCUUGCGCAAACUGUUGAGCGUUGGAACUCGAGUAAUGCGGUGACAUCUGUCGGACCAGCCUGGUCUUUUGCGACAGAUGGCGAUGCAACUCGACGUGCCGCCGGACACAAACUUUUUGUCAAGACACCUUUACCUCCUGACUCACCUUUGUAUGGCACGCUGAUCAAUAUGCCGGGCCUCAAUUUGUUCACAGGUGCGGGUGAAGUGAUGCUUGAUUUCGACUUCAAGCACAUAUUUAAGCGUAUCUGCACACUCAUCAGGUCACCUGCGGGCAUUGUGCUCAAUAAUGGCCGUGUCAUCAAUUCCAUGAUGCUCGCGCGCUAUCUUGUCUGGUUGCCAGCAUACGAGGAAGCUGCGGUGACGAAACUCCUUUACCCUGAUGACCCUCAAGACGUCCCUCGUGCAGUUGAGCUUAUGCUCGCUAUCAUCGAAUUCUCUCACACUCAGCUUCAUGUCACCAAUGACUCAUUCUCCCUGGAUAUCGACACUCGCGCUGAUGUCGCAUCAAUUCAUCUACUCAGUAAACUCCUCGAGUCCAUCCUGAUCCCUUUCAUCCGCGUCGAUCUCUCUUUGGCCCAGCAAUUCGAACACCUCAGUCGUUAUUCACACCUUGCCUUCUCAUUCUUCCAUGCCCAUCGCCGCUCAUUCAUGUCAUAUCAACUCUAUUACGACACACAAACAAUGGUCAAGAACGCUGUAUUCUCCCUCGCGAAGCAACAGUCUCUGGACCAAUACGCACCUUUUUUCCUCGGUGACGUUGGAGACGACCCCCUCGAGAUUCUAUUUGGGCGCACUCACAUGAUAGGUGGACACAAUUCGGCUUGUUCCUAUGCCCAGGCUCUCGACCGUCUCGCUGCUGCAAAAGAUAUCGACGGAGUAUUCAAGCGUCAUCCCGAGCUUGAUCCAGGUCAUCGGCGGUUGAAACUCACUCGUCACGAGGGAGUGGAUCACAUCAAUCGCGAGAUCUGGAAGGGUGAUAUAAUCUCCGGUCGAUGUGAUCUUCCAUUGUCAUGGCGCAAAGGCCAUGAUGAUGCACUUUCGAUCCUUACAAUGUCACAACUCGAUCACACUCAUUACGCAUAUUCAGCACUCUUCACUCCUACCUCUGGCAUUGACAUGCUUCGUCCUUUCGGACACAACAAGUAUCUCGGAAUCAGUAACACAGACGAUGAACUCGGCGACCCAAGUCAAGUACCGAGACUUCCCCCUCCCAUUCAAACAUCACCUACAGCACAAUUCUUAGAGACAGUGUUAGGUCAGGAUGAUGUCAAGAGCGCGGAUCCUGGAGAGUUGCAGGGAGAGAUUGACGACGAAGAAGCCAUGCUGACAUUUCAAGAGGCCUUAAUCGAUGACUCGCCUACUGAUGCCCCGCCUGCUCAGUCCAAUCAGCCUCUCGCUCUAGAUCCACUGUCCCCUCCAUUGCCGCAGGGCCCAGGCAUCUCUCCUGAUGACUACCUGUUGUAUAACCGACGCUGGAUUCACAAACAGACUGUCUGCCGUCUUGUCAUCAACAAGGAUUUCAUUUCGAAAUCGCUGAAUCGACUCGAGCGUGUCCGUGCAGGCUAUACGAAGGUCAACAAGCGUAUUGACAUGUCGGCAGGUCGAAUUACUGAGCAGAACUUAUUUCUCGUCGGAGAUAUCUUUCUUACCAUCCUUCGUUCAGCUCAGACACUUUCCAUUGGCAUACUUCGUUCAACUACAGCAAGUCUCGACGGUAUUUCGCGCUCAUCUAUCAAUACAGGAGUUAUGAAAGCACCGAGGACCACAGCGAAGAUCACCGGCCAACUCCUCAGCAUCGUUUCUACUCGUCCUUCACCUGACGUCUUGCAGGUGUUCUUAUGGGAUGGCGGAUAUGUGACAGCGCAUUCACUCAUUCAGGGUUCCGCACAAUCCACAGAUCGCGUCGUUGUGGUGACAGUCCCAGGUUCUCUGGUUGAGCCUGUCAACCCCGACCCUACGUUCAUUCGACUUCGCAAUGACAUCAAUGUGGACGAGUUCUUGCAAGUGAACGGGGGCCAGAGCACAUGGCAAAUCUCACGCGACGCCCUGCAAGUGGCUUGUGACUUGCUAUGGGCGAAAGCUGUGGAGAUGAAUGUGCCGCUCAAGUCAAUCGCAGUAGUCACUCCUUCCGACGAGACAAGAUUUCCUUACAGACGCUCGGAUGGUACUCCCGCGGUGAUAUCCAUGGAAGCAAGUAAUCUGCUUGGAGCGUCUGCAGGGGAUCGUAUCUCCGUAUGUCCCCUGUGCGAGUCGAGUGUACUGAACAUGCGAAAUCAUAUGGGUCAACACAUCCUGUGCGCGCUGAGUAACACACCUGGAGGAGGUCAUGUUGAAAGAGCAGGUCGGCAAUACACUUCCAUGCGGGUUUUGUGGGCAUUCUGGGCAACCAGAGUGUGCCAUUACUAUCACCACACCUGCAAAGGGCGCAACAACCUGGGACACCAAAUGUGCGUACCAGCACUCGUUCCGAUACACGUCUGCCGAUGUCGGCUCGAAGAAUCAGCCAUGCCGCAAAACGUCCCGCUGAAGUGCGAGCUCUGCUAUCCUACUCUCCCUCCAGUCCCUGGCAGGAACACAAGGAAGACUUACAGUGUCCCGGUCAGUGCCGUGUGGCGCUACAACAUGCACGAGCAUGUCUUCCAAGAGCACAAGGAAUACGCGGUCCCAGGACAGAGAGAGAAUGGUGUACCGCUGCCCGCAAGCGUUUGGAAGGAGAUGAGGCUCACAGACCUGGAGCAGACUGCUUCGCGCAUCCCAAAGACUCAUUGGCAACCCUCCUACAUUCCUCCGGGCGAAAUCGGCAAGGAGAAUGUGCCUCUGUUAGUUUCUCGUGGAUCCAAACGCGCUGGAGCACAAGCUGGUCCAUCCCGUCCAUCAAAGAAGGCCCGAACGACCGUUGGAACUGCUGUUUCUGUACUCAGUGCUUGA